AUGGAGACCACAACCAAAACCGGUCAGCCGUUUGACCGGGCUCACAUGGAGCAACUCAUGAAGCGCCGGCUUUUCUACACACCCUCCUUUGAGAUCUACGGCGGUGUCAAGGGCCUGUACGACUAUGGUCCGCCUGGGUGCGCGCUGCAAGCAAACAUUGUCGAGCAAUGGCGGAAACACUUCGUAUUGGAAGAAGACAUGUUGGAAGUGGACUGUACCAUGUUGACACCGCACGAAGUUCUGAAAACGAGCGGGCACGUAGACAAAUUCGCGGAUUGGAUGUGCAAAGACCCGAAGACUGGCGAUAUCUUCCGGGCAGACCACUUGGUUGAGGAGGUGCUGCAAGCUCGACUGAAAGGUGACAAGCUAGCUCGUGGGGAGAAUGUUGAAGCGGAAAAGGAGGACCCUAAGAAGAAAAAGAAGAAGGCGAAGGUUGAGAACGUCAAACUGGAAGAUUCGGUCGUGACGGAGUAUGAGGAAAUCCUUGCUAAGAUCGACAACUACAAUGGCGAGGAACUUGGUGGUUUGAUGACAAAGUACAACAUAAAGAAUCCUGUCACUGGCGGCGAUCUAGAACUUCCCGUGGCAUUCAAUCUCAUGUUCCAGACGUCCAUCGGUCCAAGCAGCAACGCGCCCGGCUUCCUCAGACCCGAGACCGCCCAGGGUCAAUUCCUGACUUUCCACAAACUGCUCGAGUUCAACAACACAUCUAUGCCCUUUGCUUCGGCUUCUAUUGGCAAAUCGUUCCGAAAUGAAAUCUCCCCUAGAUCUGGUCUUUUGCGAGUAAGAGAAUUCCUAAUGGCGGAAAUCGAGCAUUUCGUGGACCCCGAGGGUGGGAAGAAGCACCCUCGCUUUGAAGAAGUGAAAGACGUAGAGCUCGAGCUUCUCAACCGUGAGACACAACUGGCUGGUAAGACCAAGGUGGAGACUACUCCUAUCGGUAAGGCCGUUUCAUCUGGUCUGGUCGACAAUGAGACGCUUGGGUACUUCCUGGCCCGGAUACAGCAGUUCUUGCUUAAGAUUGGCGUGGACAAGAAGAAAAUACGUUUCAGACAGCAUAUGGCCAACGAGAUGGCCCAUUAUGCUGCCGACUGUUGGGAUGCAGAACUCCUUACUAGCUACGGGUGGAUUGAGUGUGUUGGCUGCGCCGACCGCAGUGCUUAUGAUCUCUCUGUCCAUGCUAAGAAGACUGGCGCACCUUUGAUAGUCCGUGAGACAAGAAAAGAGCCGUUGUCAAUAGAAGAGUAUCAGAUCGACCUGGACAAGAAGAAAUUCGGUCCCACAUUCAAAAAAGACGGCAAAGCUGUCGAGAGUGCGAUCGAAGCACUGACCCAGGAUAUGCGAGAGAAACUAUCUCUCGACCUAAAGAACGACGGCAAGAUCAUCGUUGAUGUAGCUGGUGUUGGCGAUGGCAAGGUCGAGAUCCCUAAGGAGCUCAUCACCAUCGAGAAGCGUACGAGAGUCGAGCACAUUCGCGAGUUCGUUCCUAACGUCAUCGAGCCAUCGUUUGGUAUUGGCCGAAUCUUCUACGCGCUCAUUGAGCAUCUCUUCUGGACACGUCCCGAUGAUGUAGAUCGAGGUGUUAUUUCGUUUCCGCCAGCAGUUGCUCCCACAAAAGUCCUGCUAGUGCCUCUUAGCACCAACGCAGACUUCCGUCCCCUAGUGCAACAAAUGGGCCGCAAGCUCCGCGCAUUAGGGAUCUCCAAUCGUGUGGACGAUUCUUCAGCGAGUAUUGGCAAGCGUUAUGCCCGAAACGACGAGCUCGGCACACCGUUUGGCAUUACUGUCGACUUCCAGUCCAUCAAGGACAACACAUUCACACUACGCGACCGUGACACGACGAAACAAGUUCGUGCCAGCGACGAUGAGGUCUGCAAGGCUGUGGUUAAUAUGGUGAAUGGUACCGAGACAUGGGACGAUGUCGUGAAGCGGCUUCCGAUCUUUGACGGCCAGGAGAUAGAGUAG